CCUACAGAGGGAGCUGCUGCGCCACCUGCGGGGCCGUACGGCUGCGGCGCGCGCUUCCUGUGAGGUCAGGUGGGAGGAAGCGGCCUGGGAGCCGCGGGGACUGGACGCCGUCGCCCGUAGGUGUUUCAAGGUCUGGGGAAAGGUGCAGCCCAGCUGGAACCCAUAGCUCCUGGAAGGAUGGUUCGGAUCUUGGCCAAUGGGGAAAUUGUGCAGGACGAUGACCCCCGUGUGAGGAACACUACCCAACCACGCAGCAGCACCCCUCGACAGAGCUUUCUCAAUAGGGGCCAUGGCACCCCGCUGGGGGGUCCCGGCCCUCGCCAGCAGCAGGCGGGCGCCAGGCUGGGUGCCGCUCAGUCCCCCUUCAGUGACCUCAACCGGCAGCUGUUGAACAUGGGCUUCCCCCAGUGGCAUCUGGGCAACCACGCCGUGGAGCCGGUGACCUCCAUCCUGCUCGUCUUCCUGCUCAUGCUGCUUGGUGUGCGUGGACUCCUGCUGGUGGGCCUCGUCUACCUGGUGUCCCACCUGAGCCAGCGGUGACCUCCGGGGGCUGCUGGAGCAGGUGUGUGGGAGAGGGAGCUGCUGGGCCUCGGUGUGAGAGCGGGCACCUGGGGAGGAGCUUCACUGGUGCCUUGAACGUGUGCUCAGAGAGCAUGUUUCCAUGUUGUGUUAAGCAUGAGGCAGAGGGAGCCUCUAGUCCAACGUUCCCAAAGGAUCAGGUCAUACCCUCAUUCCCUGGAGAUGCAUUUUGGUCGUAUCAGGCGUUAAGCACAAAGUCAGAGCGAGAAAGGGAUUCCCUUUCCAAUUCUCACCCAACCCUUUUAUGCCACGAAGAAAGUCUGCUGUGUGCCAAUAUGUUCUUGUGCGUCUGGAACACGGGCCGACUUCCCCGUUACUAGGGAGCAGGCCUUGAGCUUAGGGCAGGUGGGAAAGGUUUCUAGACUUUUAUAGCUCUGUUUUGUUUUAAUGGGAUAUUUUUAUUGGCUACCUUUUAUUUACGACAGGUGGUACUGGUAUUCUCCUUAUUGUGGUGGCGUUUUCAAUAAAGAAAUUUAAGUAAAAGUGA